CAGUGUAUAUUUAGUUUACUUCCAAUAAUUAUUAUCGUAGCUACAUGGUUAUUUUAACAUUUCUUUAGUGUUAACUUUUCUAAAUAAUGGUCUUGAAACACGCAUAUAUAAACGCAGGGAUUCACGUUCAGUGUCAAACGUUUUCUGAUACGCUAACCGUUAACCAUGAAUUACUUAUUCGUUUUGUUGAUAUCCGUGGGCAUUGUUUACGCCGCUGUAAAUAUCGUUUGCCCAACUGAUUAUUGCACUCAACACAAUUGUAAAAAUGAAACAGAUUGUGGACCAGGUAAAACUCCGGGGAAAACUUUCUGCGGUUGUUGCAGUCAAUGUGUCACUGUCAUUGAUAAAGGAGGACUCUGCACAGUUAUGCGUGGUGUUCCACCCAAAAGUGUCUGCAUGAAAGGAACAAGCUGCAUCAAUGGCACAUGUCAAUAACUUUGCUAAAAAUAUUGUUUUAUAGCUUCCUUAUUUGUAUUCGUAUUAAGGACCCACAAUAAAAUAAUAUACAUAUAAUAAAAUAUUUACGAAAGUCAA